GAAUGCCACCUGGUGAAGUGAGGCUUCUGCUGCUGAUUCUGGGCUCUCUGGCCACAGACUCCGCACUCGGUGACCCGUGUGUGACCCACACUGUCCUGGAUCAGCCCUGGAGGAGCACGGAUUGUUCCAACACUGAGUGCAGCGGUGGGACAUGGAUGGAUGAUGGAAAUCUUGCAGUGGGAUGGUACAGAUUUAACAGUUCCGGUGGAUGGAAGAUUCCGGAGACUGACGUUCCAGUGAAUCACUGCUCCGGGAAGUACCCAGGCUGGAUAGCCGGUAGGGUCAGAGUUUACAACACAUGGUCUCAGUUAUUGUCGGGGAGGGUCAGACUGACGACCCAGAUCUCUCCAGAGGGCCCAUCGCACGGACACGGAACCCAAACUCCCUGAGAGGUUCCCCCACAGUCACUCAGACCCUGGAUCCUCACGGAGUGCGGUGGGGAAGCUCCAGCUUCCUGGAGUUUCCCGGCAGUGGGGCU